UUGGUUUCGAUGAAGAAAACGAGGUCUAUACAGGAAGUAAGGACUAAAUUCGAACAAGUUACACCGUGUCAUUUUAUUUUACAACAAACAAAAAAUAGGCAGCGUCGAUUUCGUGUUUGUGAUGUUGUUAGGAGUUACUCUUGGCCGUUGCUAAGAUCGUUGGACAGUUUUGCUUACAGGAUGCUAACUGCUCUGUCUGCAAAAUUUGCUCCUCUGGCGUCAACUCUUCCAAAUGUUCGCUAAUGAUAGACCCGGUGCAGUUUGAAUUAUUCAGAAAAGUAAGCGGUUGGCGCAGUCUGCCAAUAAAGCGCUCAAAUGUUGUAAAAAUGAAAUAGAAGAGUAAUGCACUCGACCACAGAUGCUCACCUGUGUGUGCUAUGUUAGCCACGUAAACUGGUUCUGAUUGGUGUUGACGUAGCAGCAGCCGACAGCUAGUUCUUUUUCAUCGGGAGCAAUACUUCUCAACGGAAUUGACACAACUUGGCAAGCCAAAAUGCGUUAGUUGUAUGCGGAUGAUGAAGCGAGUCAUCAGGUUGAUAUCAGGAUUAAACAGAAGAAUGCUGAAGCUACUUUUUACCCUCGCCUUGGUUGCCUACAUUGCUUCUGUUUGGGGAACGUAUACAAACAUGAGAUCAACGAAAGAAUAUGGGGUGGAGAUGAUUGAGCAGAAGAUUGAUGAAGCUGUGGCUCCGCUCCGUGAGAAGAUUCGUGAUUUGGAGCAGAGUUUUUCUCAAAAAUAUCCACCUGUGAAGUUCCUGUCAGAGAAGGAUCGAAAAAGGAUUCUGAUUACUGGUGGUGCAGGUUUUGUGGGUUCCCACCUGACUGACAAGCUGAUGAUGGAUGGCCACGAGGUGACUGUGGUGGACAAUUUUUUUACCGGGAGGAAAAGGAAUGUGGAGCACUGGCUCGGCCAUGAAAACUUUGAGCUCAUCAAUCACGAUGUGGUAGAGCCUCUCUACAUUGAAGUGGAUCAGAUUUACCACCUGGCUUCUCCAGCCUCUCCCCCCAAUUACAUGUAUAACCCCAUCAAAACCCUCAAGACCAACACCAUUGGCACUCUAAAUAUGCUUGGCUUGGCUAAACGAGUGGGCGCCAGGCUCCUGUUGGCUUCGACCUCAGAAGUUUAUGGAGACCCUGAGGUACAUCCGCAAAAUGAAGAGUACUGGGGCCACGUAAACCCCAUUGGUCCCCGAGCGUGCUACGACGAAGGGAAACGUGUUGCUGAGACGAUGUGUUACUCCUACAUGAAACAGGAAGGCGUAGAAGUGAGAGUGGCGAGAAUCUUCAACACUUUCGGCUCCCGAAUGCACAUGAAUGAUGGACGAGUUGUUAGUAACUUCAUCCUGCAGGCUCUCCAGGGAGAACCACUCACUGUUUAUGGCACUGGUUCCCAAACAAGAGCUUUCCAGUAUGUAAGUGACCUGGUUAAUGGCCUGGUGUUGUUAAUGAACAGCAACAUCAGCAGUCCAGUCAAUCUGGGGAACCCAAAGGAGCACACCAUUCUGGAGUUCGCCCAGCUCAUUAAAAGUCUAGUUGUGAGCAGAAGUGAGAUCCAGUUCCUUCCCGAGGCCCAGGAUGACCCGCAGAGGCGGAGGCCUGAUAUUCGCAAAGCCAAGAUGAUGCUGGGCUGGGAACCAGUGGUGCCACUGGAAGAGGGGCUGAAGAAAACCAUUCAGUACUUCAGCAGGGAACUGGAGCACCAGGCCAACAACCAGUACAUCCCCAAACCCAAAGCGGCACGCAUGAAGAAAGGUCGACCCAGACACACUUGAGAAGGACGUGUGAUAAUUUUUAAAAAUCUUGUGUGGAGGUACAUUCUGGGAUAUUUAUUUCGAGAAGACGUUGAUUGUUGCCUUGACGAGGAGUUGCAAGUUGCACUGUGAGGCCCACCUGGCCUGAGCGUUUUAGGUUGGACAAACCAGUUAUUUAACAAGCAGCCUACGGCAUCUUUGUUUUACAUUUGUUUUGUGUGUGGAGGGACGGGUUCGGUCAAUUUGGGUUUAAGCUAUUUGAAACACUCGGCGCGCUUUAGUGUUUGUUUUUAAUAGAUUUAUCAAAGACAAGUCAUUCAGAAAAGAUUGUGACAACAUGCUUUACUUUGGGGAACAUCCCAUACCAGGAUGUGCAUUAUUCAUAUCAGGUAAAGAUGGUUAUUCUAAUAAAAUAUUUACAAUAA